AUGAAGACUCAGAGGGGCAGCCUUUCCCUGCAGCAGUGGUCACUGUUGCUGUUGCUUCUGGGCUUGGUGGUACCUAGUGUUGCUGCCCAGGCCCUCAGCUACCAGGACGCUGUGCUCCGUGCUGUGGAUGGCCUCAACCAGCAGUCCUCAGAUGACAAUCUUUACCGCCUCCUGGAGCUGGAGGAGCAGCCUGAAGGAGAUGAGAAUCCGGACAUCCCAAAGCCUGUGAGUUUCACAGUGAAGGAGACGGUGUGCCCUAGGUUGACACAACGGUUUCCUGAGCAAUGUGACUUCAAGGAGAAUGGGGUGGUGAAGAGGUGUGUGGGGACCGUCACCUUGGACCAGGCCACGGGCUCCUUUGACAUCAGCUGUGAUGGGCCUCUGCGUGUCAAGAGAAUUGGCUUCUUGGGUGGACUCUUACAGAGAGGUGGAAAAAGGAUUGGUGAAAAGAUUGAGAGAAUUGGACAGAGAAUCAAGGAUUUUUUCCAGAAUCUGGCACCCAGGACAGAAGAGUCCUAG